AUGUGUAGCCACGCAAAUUUUUUCAGUCACAUACGUAAAUAUCUCUCUUUUACUCUCUCUGUUUCUCUUUCUCUCUAUCUAUUUCUCUCUAUCUCUUUCUUUCGCUUUUUCUCUCUUUCUUUCUUUCGCUUCCUCCCUUUUUCUUUCUUUCGUUUCCGCCCUCUCUCUCCCUUUCUUUUUUGUUUCUCUCACUUUCUCUUUCACUUUAUGUCUCUCUUUCUUUCUUUCUUUCUUUCUUUCUUUCUUUCUUUCUUUCUUUCUUUCUCUUUCUCUCUUUCAUUCUCGCUUUAUUUCUUUCUCCCUCUAUUUAUUUCUUUCUCUCGCCUUACUUCUUUCUCUCACUUUAUUUCUCUCUUUCUCUCUCUUUCUCCCUUUAUCUUUCUUUCUCUCUUUAUUUAUUUCUCUUUACUCUUUUUUCUCUCUCUCUUUAUUUCUUUCAAUUCACUUUAUUUUUCUCUCUCUUUAUUUAUUUCUCGUUGCAUUUCUUUUUCUCUCUCUUUAUUUCUUCCUCUUUCUUUCUCUCUCUCUCUCUCUCUCUCUCAGCAAUUCAUUAGAAAUUGGGAAAUUACACGCUUUGUAGUCAAUCACUGCAUUCGUCUGACUGUAAACUCUCUCUCAAACUCUCUCUCUCUCUCUCUCUCUCUCUCAUAUGGACGCAUUAUAUUUGUAUUAAUACUACUAUUCUUUUAUUCCUCCUCCUGUUCCUCCUUCUAUUCCUCUUUCUUCUUCUUCCUCUAUUCAUCUUCCUUCUUCUUCCUCUAUUCAUCUUCCUUCUUCUUCCUCAAUUCAUCUUCCUUCUUCUUCCUCUGUUUCUUUCUAUCCUUCCUCCUCUGUUCCUCUUUCUUCUUCUUCUUCUUCCUGUAUUAUUCUUUCUUCUUCCCCCUCUGUUUCGCUUCUUCUUCCCGCCAUUCUUCUUUUUCUUCUUCAUCUCCUCUUCCUCCCUCUAUUCUCGAAACACACCGAAAAAAAAAAGUUAUGCCUUUCUCUGUAGUGUCGUUUGGUGGAAAAAGCUAA